UAUCCGUUGUCGUGAUGAGUGUUUGUUUAUUUCCCACUUAAUUUGUUUAUUACGUAUUUGUUUAUGCGGCUAAUAGAAUAAUUUAUUUGCGUACGGAUUAAUGUUGUGUUGUGACAUGUGUUUUGGCUUUUUUCUAUGCGAUAUCGACUGUUUUAAGGUAUCAAGAACAAUUAGUGUCCUGUGGACAAAUAAGAUCAAAUAGUGGUUAAUAAAAAAAGGGCAAAACGCCCAUAAAUAUGACGGAACUUCUGAUGUCUCGGGGAGAUACCUUCCCCAGGUCCUUCCUGGACAGUUAUCGUGCCUCUAAAAGUACAGACUUUUACGGCGAUUUGACCUCUAGCAAAAGUGAUGAGCUUGUGUUGCAAAAUGCAGCAGAGAUUCCUCUCGCUGAGGAAAUUCAUCAUGGACAUUCGGAAAAUUUGUUAGAUUCGGUCUGCUUGUCGCCUACUAAAGAGGAUUUCCUUGAUAAGCCUGAUUUGGUUUUGCCCAAACAUCGGUCCAAAAGGUCUUCUGUCUGUGACCGAGUUGAUCCUGAGGAUAGUAUUAGGGAUAUAGUCAGUGAAAAUGAUUUCUACAGGUUUGUCCUGUUUAAGAAACAUUAUGACAAAUACCUGCAUCUGUCCCAGAAAUUUGAAGAAACAAAAAACAUUGCUUAUUAUUUAGAAGAAAAAUAUCAUGAGGUUAAGACUGAAAGAGAUGAUCUUUUACAACAAAGAGAAGAAAUUGCCAAAAGACUUGAAUCUAAUGAAUGUUUACUUAGAGAGAAAGAGGACGAGGUAUUUCUUCAUUUAGAAAGAGUUGUGUAUUUGGAAGAGCAGUGUGAUAAGCUGAAAGCUGAAGCAGAAAAACUACAUGAACAAAAGGCCUUUUUUGAGAAAGAGAGAGACAAAACUUUAAGACUGCUUCAAGAACAAGCCAAGGAAUCUGAAUAUAAUAGAAGAAAACUGGAGAGGGCCAGGCAAGAGGUGGUACAUCAUUUGACAAAGAUAAAAAAUGAGAAGGAAUUUUUGGAGAGAGAAAAUGACCAGUUAAAAGAAGCUUUAGAAGCAGAACGAAAAGGCGUGCGAAGAUGCGUGUCGCAACUACACAGAAGAAGGACCAAUGCUUCGGAAUUCGCUGAUAGACGGGUUGCGGUAUUAAAACCACCAGAAUUUCAAAGUUCCACAUUAGCCUCGCAAUUUCAAAAGGCCGUGGAACAUCUGGCCAAUUGUAAGCAAAAGAAAUGUUCGGUGUGCGCUUAUGCAAAAUCGUCCUACAAGCGGAUAUCGCCAAGUAACCAAAAUCGUAAGCUUUUCGGAUGUCUUCAGACUCCGUUCUUGGAAAUGCGUAAUAUGAUCAAGCCGCCACGAUCUCCAAUGCAUGGAGGCGAAGGCGAAAGUCUUUCCGAGUGGUUUUGUCCCUUGGAAGGGUCAUCUUCAGGGUCCGCAUCCGGUUACGUCCAAAGCGAAUGCUCAUCAUUAAGCGUCCCAUUCGCUGAACUCUCAAUUUCUUAUAUGGACGACGUUUCGGAAACUUCAUCGAGCUACCACCUUCAGGAAAAAGAGGAUGACGUACUUGACGGCUACAGUCAGGAAAACCGAAACAGUUUUAGAGGUUUUGGCAGUGACUCCGGUUUCUCCUCGGAUAUUUGCGGGGAUUACAAAAGUAACGCGACGACGCCGAAAGAGAAAUUCUGUCCCACGGCUACACUGGACGAGCAGGACUGUGCCAAAUUGACUAGAACCAAGUGGACGGCUAGUUUCCGUAAAAUCAUUCGUAAGAUUAAGAAAUAAUCGGUAAAAAUAUUUUUUCAGGUCGAAAAUACUUAAUUGGAUAUCGGAAAUCUGUUUAGGGUCAGAUUACGUGACGUCACGUUUUAUUUCAAUUUGCACAAAAUUCUUUUGUACGUUUUUUAAUUAACAAAAUGACUAGAUAGGGUGUGCCAAUAGUUUCAGCUAGGCUUUAGUUUCUGAAGUUCUUUGGUAAUAACCAGCUAUAGGAUUUUUAGUGGUACAAUUUACAUUCUGUUACUACUAGUAUAUUAAAAACCAUUAAAGUAGAAAUUUCUCAAAAAGAAAAAACUCAAAGCUUUGUUCGCCUUAAAUUUUUUCUCAUUAUACAGGGUGCAAAAUCUUCAGUCACUUGCCUCUUGCUAUAUAAUUAUUUGUUCUAUUAAUAAUUUGAAACUCAAAAAAUAUAUCAAAUCAAAAACUACUUCCAAGCCGUGAAACUUUGGUUUCAACAGAAAGUUUUAGAAGUUAGUCAUUUUUAUCAUUUUCGCAACUGCCAUAUGGUGCGUUCUCUCGCAAAACGUAAAGUACUUUAUGAUUAUCACAACGCUUGCAGCAAUUUGUGUCUCAUUAACAACACGACUGACUGAAGAUGUGCUCACCAACGCCAUGAGAGCGCGCCACUAGUGAUUUGUCAAUAACAUAUAGGCGUAAUAGAAUUAUUGAUAAAGGCUAUUAAAAUUUCCCAUUUAGAUAUUAAAAAUAUGUCAAAAAAUAGUGUUCCCUUUUUAUUUAUACCAAUUUUUAAUCUCAUCCAUAUCGGGUUCUUUGUCAUAAGUUUGAAAUGUGAGUUAAAGUAAAAAUUUUAAAGAAUCUGUUGAUGAAAUCUUUUAAAACUGCUUAUAGUUGAUUGAAUUUCUUAAACUUAAAGUGGCAAAACAGUUUUUUUUAAAUUAAUGUUUCAAUAAGAAGUACCGAUUGAAUGAGAAUUAGGUGUUUAAUAUAACCUUUUUUCCUUAGAUUACACUUUAUUUAUUAAAUGUAUUAAACUAUCAAAGGGGAGUUAUCUGAAAUUUUAAAAUAGACUGACGUAGAAUUUGUAUAUAAAAAAAUAAUGUAAUUCAUUAAAUUAUUGUCAUGAAUUUACUUUUAUUUGAGUUCACGAUUUACUAUAAAAUUUAUAUCACCAACGUUUUGAACUUCGAGCAACCAAGUCUUUGUCUACGUGAUAAAUUAAAAUAUAUUUUGGGACUUCUUAAAACUAUGUAUUAGGAUAAUGAUAUUAAAAUCUUUCUACAUUUAUUAAGUUCACGUAAAUCUUGUUGUUCUACUUGGAGUAUUGAUAAACUUUUUUCAAUAGAUUUGGAUAUGAAAUGUCACUAUCAAUUUCCAUUUAAACACAACAUCAUCCAGUUGAUUUUUAUGACAUUUAUAGUAAGGAGACCAAAUAUUACUUCAAAACUAUUCUUAUAAGGGAACAAUACAUAUGUUUAAAAUAAUUAAUACAAUCAAAUUCAAAAAGACUACGCUAUUACGAAUCUUAAUUGCUUUCUUCAAAUGUGCGUCAAAAUAUAGAACUUUAUUACAUCACGGCUCCUAAAACUUCUGACCCUAUAGUAGAUCCAAAUAAUGCUGGCGCUCUGCCUCUAUAGUAAAUCAUAACUUUGCAAUUUAUUCGUUUUGCGAUAUCGUGCGUUUAAAUCCAUGCUAUUUGUACCGCACCAUUCUAAAAGUCUGCUCAAGUCGUUCAAUAAUUAUGAUCAUUUGGAAUUUAUGUGACCUGGUCUAUGAAAAUGGGGCUUAGGUGUCAAAAAAUAAUUUUCCACUUUUUUGCCAAUUCGGAUAGAGUUUAGGAGGCUCGAUAAAAGGUUACUAAAAAUUAAGGAAAAGGUACAAAUAUGAAAAAAAAAUCCUUUUUACUCGUGCAUGUACGAAAAGGAAAAACAAACGGCCAACAGAUAUAUUGUAGAAAGUAAACUGGAUCGCAUGCCUCAAAACAUUCAUAUCAUCUGAAUGAGAUAAAUGUAGUUCAUCUUCAUGAUUAUUUGAAUGAACAUCAUCAUCGGACCCAUCAUUGCUUCACCGUAUGUAGGAAAAUAUCGACUUGACGGCACUAAACUGUUCAAAUCAAAUUAUUGUUUAUUAUUUUGUGAUUGCAAAAUAAUAAACAAUAUAUACGAGCCCUGUCUCAGUGAAGUUGGCCCAACUAUCAAAACUAGGAUUUUUUAUAAAAUUUGACAUAUUAGCGAAAACGUAUUAAAAACUAAAAGGUAUUUCUGAUAACAUAUGAUCUUUUUAUUUAAUAUUAGCUUAAAAUACUACAUGUUUUAUAACUGAGGAAAGAUAUCUUACAAAAAUUCAAAAAAUCUGUCGAUUAAUAAAAAUCAACAAAACCAAAUAGCAGCAAAUUACCACUGCGUUACAUCGCCUUUUCGACUGAUUACUGCUUUGAUACGUCUUAACAUAGUGUCAACUAAUGUUUGACAGUCAUCUGGUGUAAAACUGUUCCAAAUUUCUUGGAGACGGGUUCGCAAUUCUGGAACGGUUCUUGCGGGAUUCGAUCUGAGCUUCUUCUUCAUGAUAUGCCACAAGGUUUCAAUCGGCGAUAGAUCUGGACUACUCGACGUCCACUUUAAAACUGGAAUUAUGUUUUCUAACAUCCAAUCUUUUACUUUUUUAGCCGUAUGGCAAGCGGCACCAUCUUGUUGGAAGAUACAUUCGAUAUUGUUUAAACGCAUUUGUUCAAUUUGGGGUAUUAGGUUAUUUUCAAGCACAUUAAUGUACUUAUCAGCAUUCAUAAUACCUUCCACAAAGUGUAAGUUUCCCACUCCACUUGCUGACAUCGAUCCCCAGAUCAUAACAGAAGCCGGAAACUUAACUUUUUUUUUAAGACAGUCAUUCUGAAACACUUCUUCUUUAGUUCUUAUGACACGACUUCUACUAUCACCAACGGAUACUUCAAAUCUGGCUUCAUCACUCCAAAUAAUCGAGUUCCAUUGGUUCGAAGACCAUAAUAUACGCGGUCGACUUCCAAUUCUGGGUUUUUGAGCAACAGAUCCCGUUGUUUUGUACAAUUUAAUAACAUUUCGAACUGUAUACCUCGAUUUGUUAAUACUGUCAGCGAUUUGGGAAGCAUUUUGACCUUUUAAAUGCAAGUGAAUGAUCACUUUUCUUAUUUCGUCAGAGAGAGCCUUACCACGAGCCAUUUUUAAUUGUUAACAACAACACUAAUCCAUUGAAAGUUGAUUUAAACGUCAAAAUCGGCUUCUUAGCAACGCAAAAUAUUGUUCUUAGCAACGCAAUUUGUUUUAUACAGCCUACUUUUAUUUUAUCGAAGCGCAUAAACAGACCAUUCAACUAAGUUAUUUCCAUCACGUAUUUUGCGAUAGAAAAAUCAUUUUGCAAAGAAAAAAAUAUCGAAAUUAAAACGCUUUAAAAAUAGCUGCGUCGGUUUUGUUAUCUUUCCAUAAACAUUUCAAGAAACCAAAAAUAUUAUAUUUGAAAUAAAAUUUUAGUUAUCCCUUAAAUAAAUUUUAAAAAAUCAUGUUUUGGGGCGUUGGGCCAACUUCACUGAGACAGGGCUCGUAUAUUACAGUGCGGUAUGCGAUAACAAUGAUAACAUUUGCAAACUCACUUCUUCAGGGUUUCUCAUUACUAACAAAGUACGCAAUUAACUAAUAAUAACAAUAAUAUUUUGAGUAGAAACAACACGUGACGUCCUUGAAUAUAGUUAGACACCAGUCAACAUGGAGUAAAAGCAGACAACUAACGAGAAACUGACGAAAAGAAUUGUUACCUUUUCGAAUUGUUUUCGCACGUUAGCUUCCUUUUCGUAGACCAGGUCACAUAUAUAGCGUAUUAUAGAGUACUACAUAUAACAUUAUUCUAAAAAAAAACACAUUGAUAGUUAAUGUAAAAACUUAGUUAUUUUUCUAUAUGUAAGGCAACUUUCCACCCAUGGUACUAAUUUACCAUAAAUCAUAAACAAUUUGGAAAUUAAGACUUGAUAUUUGUUUUCUUCUGGUAUAAGAAGGAGGGUUAUAAAGGGAAUAUCUUACAUACAUUUAAAAACGGUUGCAAAAAAAUAAUAUUUCUCGACAUUCUUGCUAAAUAUAUAUAAGGUCUUAAGACCCUGUACUUCAUGAAAUUAUAAAAAUGUUUUGCAGAAUACGGCUUAGUACAAAUCUACAAUUAUAAACAAAAUAGGAAAAACAUCCUCUGGAUCGCAUCCUAAAUUUUGAUUUAUAGUAGUAAUGGAUUCAAAUAUAUCUAUCAUAGAAAUAAUAUAAUGCACAUUUUGAAUCUGUUAUACUAUUUAUUGUGCCUGGCACAUAUUUAAGUUAUUAACAAAAACCCUUACUUAUUAUACCCUUAUACCCAAAUCUUAUUUAUACAAGAACAAAGCAUCUCAUACAAAUUAUUGUUCCAUUGAGAGGAGCUCAAACAUUCUUAGGAAAAGAGGUUUCGUUAUUUGCUUUUCAAUCACACAUACCUUCUUCAUCCGGAAAAACGCGAUUAAAUCAAGCCUCAAGAGUGUCAAGUAAGGUAGGCAAAGACGAAAAGAAGUGCAAGAAACUUAACAGACAAUACUGCAGAACUUAAAUAAGAAUCGACGAAGUAGGAAACUACUCCCAGUACUAUAAUAAUUUUUUCCUUAAGACUUGAACUUUCAAUAUUUCCAUUCUUUAUUUUAAAUUUUAGAAACUAAAGCCUGACUGAUUAGUUGUAGAAAUUCAGUCAAUAUACUUUGGCAAGCAGAAAAAUACUUAUUACGAUAAACAUUCGGCUAAUCUAUUUUUUAUAACGACGUCACGUCACAGUAUUUUAGUAAAUUAUAAUUUAGUCGCCGAAAAUUUUGACGUAUUAAAAAGGUGUUCUUUUCGUAGUAUUAGUUAAUGAUUUUUUUUAAUGAUAUUACUAGAUUCUAGAUGACAAUGUAGACUGCCGUUAGGAAAGUAGAAUAAUUUGUAUGGUGCAGUGCGAAUCACUGUUUGUUGAAAAAUAAAUUAAACAAAAAUAUUAGGAAUUGAAUCAAGAUGUGCUUAAAAAAAUGUUAACGGAUUUUUAAGGGAGGUGGAUUAUUGCCAAAAAAAAACGAACACGGUUUGUUGACUAUUUAAGAUUUAAAUUUAGAUUUUUAUGUCAUAAAUCCUUGCCCUUAGGUAUUUCUUGUUAUAAAACUUCAUAUAUUUUAUGCCUGUAGUUGUACAAAUUAGUACAACAAAGCUUGAAGGAAGUUUUAUUGUUUCAAGUUAUGUUGCACCACUUUGUGUAAUUACUUACUAUAAGAAUGUUAAAAAGUUACAUCAUUUGCCUUAAUUUAUUUAUUUUUACGCAGUAUUUGUAUUCGAGUCACUCUUACAUUUUUUUUUGUACUUAAUUUAAAGAUUUCUUAGCAUGUAGUUUUUACGUUUAAUUAUGUGUGUUUUGUAGGUUUUAACUUAUUUGUAAUUUCUAUCAUAAGUACCAGGUUUACUAAGAAUGGCUCUUAGCUAUAUUUACGAAUGUGUUAGUAGUAUAGCCUGUGGGAAAAAAAUUCAAUUUAAAAAAAAAAUUGAAUCGUUAUGUCCUACCUGGUAAAAUGAAGUGGUGAGGGUAAGUUGGCUCUAUCUUUAUUUAAAUGUUUAUAACUCUGGGUUUAGUAAUCGAAAUCAAACGAGCUAGAUCUCGUUCUAAAGAGCAUUUAUUACUGUAUAUUUUAAUUUAUUUUUCCAAUACUUACUUGACAGUACGCGCUAGGCGGCGCUCUCUUAUUAUUACAACUUACUAAACGUUCGGCGUCUAUUUGAAAAAAUUAACUUGAUUUGAAUAUGAUUGCUUCUUCAAAAUACUUUUAUUACUUGAAGAAGCUGUAGUUUGAAAGCAUUGGGGUACAUUUUAGCAUUUGAUAUUUCUGUUUUCUAAUUAAAAAAUGAAGCAUUUCAUAAGAUAUGUUCCAUCAUAAUUAUUACUUAUUAAUCUAUCUGACAUUAUGGUAUUCUGAUAUGUUAUCGAUUUAUUUAUUAAUUCAAUCCAAUGGUAACACCAUUUUUACAUUAAGAUGGUAAAUAAUUAAUUUACUAUAAUUAUUUACUGGCUUAAUUCUAAAUAGAAUACCAAAAAUUGCUAAUUACCUAAUAAGAAUACACAUCACAAAUACUUACAUUUAUUUUUAAAAGUGCUAAAAGGUACAGAAAAAUUAUAAUUGUUACAUAAAGAGUUAUGUAACAAAAUUAGUUCUAUGAAAACCACACUUAACCAGAUGAUGAUUUUUAAGCCGUGGCCGUAUUUAGAAACAAUAAAAUUUAAGAGACUCAAUAAAUUCGGAGCGUCAAUCAAGCCAUUAAUUAAUAUGUACCAAAAAAUCUUGCUACCCUUUUGUGAUGCUAAUGAAGGGAAUUCCAAUAAAAAACACCUCUGCUCAUUGUUCAACUCAGAAAUAUCCAAACGGAACUUACAAGAGUAAUAUUUCAAAAACUUUUUGGCGCCUUCUCAAUAUCUUGAAGGUUAAUAUCAUAAUUGGGGGACCACUAUAUAAUCCCCAUACAUUCGAAUCCCCAAAUGUUUUAGUUUUUCUAGAAGUAGAGAAUGAUUUACUUCAAUGAAAACUUUCGAAGUCAGUAUAAUUACUGUCCACUUGGAUUUUAUAGAUGAUGACAAGUAGUUUUAGUAUGACAAAAGGUUAGUGAUAGUAGACUGCCGAGGGCAAAAAGGCCAUGUUACUCUGUGAUUAAUUCUUACACGCACUGGAGAGCUGUGCAUAUACUCUGUUUUCAAAGAAAGAAUAAUUAUAUAAAAUAAAACAAAAAUAGGUUUAGAUAAAGUACAACAGUACUUUAAUAAAUAUGGAUGAAUUCCAUCAAUAAAAGUUUUUGGUUAGAGAUGAGCAGAAAAGAUAUCAGUUAAUCCCACUGAAAAACUGCUAACAUCCAAGGUUUAUUAUAAGUAGUAAUGAACGUCUUGUAAACAAGACCUAGUUAAUCACAUUUAAAUGAAAAUAGAUUUAACCUUCGCCACCUUAAGCAGACGGUUCAAACAAAAAGAAUCAAUAUUUACUGAGAAUUAAGUGCCUAUAUUAUUUAUAACGCCUCUUACCUAGGCAAAUUUUCUAAAAAAUACCAAUAUCUUAUAGAAGCGGUGGAUCUGGGAACAUAAUUUCCAGUUUUUUAUGGUUCCUUUAAUAGCAAAAUUUUUUUCAACAGCACAUACUACUAAUAUUUUCUGAGAUCGAGAGCCCUUCUUAGUGGAACACCCGGUAGAUUAAAGCAAGUUUUUAAAGAACCGGGUCAGUUCGUUUCAUUUCUUUAGUAAAUCAUGAUAACGUAUUUGAUUUGCGUUAAAAGCAAAUCAAAUUUUCAAAUUUUUAGUUCGGUGUGAAAACCUAAUCAUUAAACUAAAUACUAUGUAUGGUUUCAUUUUCACACCACAAAUAAAACAUGAAUUACUAGACUAAAAAAGUACUGACUUAAAAGUAUUGUAUAAAAGCAGGAAUGCAGCUCUUUGUACCGACUCUACUUAAUAAAAAGGUGCCCUAAUUUCUUUAGUAGAUUUUAUUAAGAAACUUAAAUGUUCCUUAAAAGUUUUUUAUAAUAACAAUAAUAAUGUCUGUUCAACUAGCUGUAAGCGACGCGACCUCAUGAAAUUGCAAUUUUAUGAUUUGGUUGUGUUGUAUAUUUUUGUAUUUUUUGCGGCUACAGGGGAUUUAAUAUAAUUCGUAUUAUAACCUUUCAAAUGUUCUCAUAUUCAUAUGUUUAAUAACUAUAUUUUUAGCACUCGACCCCCUGUAGGCGUGAAUAUGGUUAUUGAUUCUAAUAUAAAAUUCCGUUUGUAUUAAAUAAGAAAUAAUUAAAAUAAACUUGCUCUAUUACAUUACUUAAUGUUUAAUAUUUCAACUCAUAGUCAUUACAUUCCAUAAUAUUAAAUUAGACGUGUAAUGUUGUUAAAUUUUAUAGUCAAUGUCAAAGGAUAAUAAAUAUAUAAUAGUCCA